UAAACAGAGAAUGGUUUAUAGCUGCAAGUCAUUGGGGAGGGGAAGUUCGCCUAUGUUGCCUUUGACAGAGUAACCAGUGGAGCUGUCAGUGUUCGAAAAGUAACGAAUGACUUCAGGCAGCAGUGUUUUCCUAUGCAACCAUGGACUGGGUUGGGCACAGGGUGCUUUGUGCGAUAUUGUGCCUACUUUUUGGAGAAAGCGCGGUUCACUUUGGAAGUUGCGCCCCGACUGUGAGCACUGAUAACAGCAUUUUCUCUAUCCAGCAUGAAGGCACAGGUAAAUGCUUCCUGAUUCAGGAAGGCUCUCUGACACUGGGAAACUGUUCAUCAGUCACGGCCCAGUCAUGGAUGUGGGGUUCGGGACAUCGUCUCUUCCACACCGGUUUAUCUGCCUGCCUGGGAUUGGACAUUCUUACCAAAACGCUGUCUCUCACCAACUGUUACAACAACACCAUGUUGGAAUGGCGCUGCUAUGAGGGAUAUAUUAUCACCACCUUUCAGAUGAAGCUAAGCGUCAAUGCCAGCGGGACUGUGACAGCCAAACGGAACACGUCUGAUUCCUGGAUAAGAGGAGGCACUACAGAGAACAUCUGUGAACAGCCGUACCGAACCGUUCACACUAGCGCUGGUAACUCGAACGGUGCCCCCUGCACCUUCCCCUUCUUAUACAAUAACUCCUGGCACCACAGCUGCCUUCGUCCCGAUGCCUCGCACUCUCUCGCCUGGUGUUCCACAACUGAGAACUAUGACAAGGAUCUCAAGUGGGGAAACUGUCUGCAAUAUGAGGAGGGCUGUGGUGCAUUAUGGGAUGGCCACUACAACGGUCAGUGUUACCAGGUGGUUUCUACAGCAAUGGCUUCUUGGCACGAGGCACGGGAUGCCUGCCGUAGUCAGGGUGGAGAUUUGCUCAGCGUGUCCAGUUUUCAAGAUCUGCAGAACUUACAAACAAAAGAUUUCCCGGAGCAGUUGUGGAUCGGGCUGAACCAGCUGGACUGGACACAGGGGUGGCAGUGGUCAGAUGCAUCACCUCUAGUUUACUUCCCAUGGGAAGAAGUCCAGCACACUUGGAUGACACCAGAGUGUGGGGUGAUGCUCGCCAAUCUGCACUUUGGUGGGGAGUCAUGUGAGAAGAAGCUGCCGUAUAUCUGUGAGAAAAAAGACAGCAGCAACCAGACAGAGAGUACAGAUAAACAGGUAUACAAGGUCACACAGUGUGAGAGUGGAUGGUUCCCAUGGCAGGGUUUUUGCUAUAAUCUUUAUGGAACCCAGCUGGACGAAAAGAGGAACUACUCCGAGGCACAGCAAGUGUGCGUGGAGAAGGGAGCUCAGCUCGCCAGCAUCCACAGUCUGGAGGAAAUGCAUGUGCUCACCAUGCAUUUUACAAGAAAGGCUCUGAACCCGUGGAUAGGUUUAAAAGUCGAGAGCGACACAGAAAUCUAUAAGUGGGAAGACGGAACGGAAGCGUCAUUUACCUACUGGGCUCGUAAUCAACCAGCAGUGCUGAAGCCCAACACCACAAACUGUGUGGUCCUCUCCGAUUUGAUACAUUCUUGGUCUGUAGAUUCUUGCACUGCAUUGAAGUCCUUUCUGUGUAAGAAAACCGGCAAGGUGAAUGAGAGCGCAACAGAAAAUAGCUGCCCACAAGACGGGGAUUGGAGAAGGUAUAAAAAUUCAUGUUAUAAACUUGACACUCGGAAAGUCUCUUAUAAGAACAGCUGCAAAAUCAUCGUUAAUGACAGAUUUGAGCAGGCUUUCAUUAACAGUCUGCUGAAGGAGCAUGUAAGCAGUGAGCAUCAGUAUUUCUGGACUGGGCUUCAGGACACUAAAGGCACAGGAGAGUUCCAGUGGUUCAGUCAGGAUGGACAAGCAAGCAAAAUCUCAUAUACUAAUUGGAAAUGGGGAGAACCAGUGAAAAUAGGCGGCUGUGCGGUGAUGUCGACGAGCCCAAUGGGUCAGUGGUCGGUGGAAAACUGCACUGAGUUUAAAGCUGGUAGUAUCUGUAAGAGUCUCAUUGCUUCUGAACCUCCCACCCCAACAUCACCAGCAGACCCUAACCCCAAUGCCACCUGCCCUCAAGGAUGGGUUUCCCGAACUGGAAUGAAGUAUUGUUACAAGGUGUUCAACGAGGAGCGAGUGAGUCGUAAGCGCUCGUGGGAGGAGGCCGAGCAGUUUUGCGAAGCGCUUGGAGCUCAUCUACCCAGUUUCACUGAGCAUGAGGAGAUGAAUUUCCUCCAUGACAUUAUGAGAGACUCUGUUAGUGAUGAUCGCUACUUCUGGGUUGGCUUAAAUCGGCGAAAUCCCAACAACGACAACCGAUGGGAGUGGAGCGACGGGCAGCCUGUGUCCAUGAAGAUCUUUCCAGAAGAGUUCCAUGAAGAUGAUGAGUAUAACCGAGACUGCACUGCAUUUAAGUCACUAAGGAAACGGUACAUACUGCUGUUCGUAUUCCUGAGUGCUGAAGGUCCUAAUCAGUUUUACCCCCGAGCCUUUCACUGUGAUGCUAAGCUGGAGUGGGUGUGUCAGAUCCCACGAGGACAAACCCCAAAAAAUCCUGAAUGGUAUAAUCCAGACGGACACCAUGAGACCUCGGUGUUUAUGGAUGAACAGGAGUUCUGGUUUGUAAACCAGCCGAGGUUGUCCUUCGAAGAGGCGAGCAUGUACUGCAGCAGUAACAAUAGCAAACUAGCCACACCUCUGUCUUUCAACACAGCCAGACAUCUGCACGAACAUCUGUAUAAGCAUGCUGGAAUGGAGAACUGGUGGGUGGACCUUCGUGAACCUGGUCCUCUUGUUCCCUUAAGGCUCGCUCGUCUGCACUUCUAUCACUCUGUGUUCUUGGGCAGAUGCACUUCACUUAGCCCUGGAUCCUUCACUCCAGAAUUCCGGAUAAGAUGUGACACCAGACUGCCUUUUGUUUGCGAGACAUUAAACGUCACAUCCUCAGAAAACGACUCGCAAGAGCACCACCCCUCCGGCAAGCCUUGCGAGCCUGGCACAUUUACCUUCAGAGACAAGUGUUACACAGUGACCAAGCCUCAGUUCACCAGUUUCAAAUCAGCUAAUGAGGUCUGUCAGACUCUGAGGGGAAGUCUCCCGUCCAUCCGAGACCAAGCUGAACAGGACUUCAUCACCACCCUGCUGCCAGGCAAACCAAAAAAACUUUGGAUUGGUUUUAGAGACAGUGAAUGGGUGGACAAGACGCCUGUGAAGUACCACAACUUUAACCCACUGAUCCAUGGCCAGCUGCGUCUUUUGUAUGCCAAUUUGUUUGAGCAAGAAGGCAGGGAGCUGUGUGCCUAUAUGUUUAAUGAUCCCCAUUCAGACAUGCUGGGUACUUGGGACUACAUUUCCUGCGCUGAUGAACAGAGCGUUGCUAUCUGCCAGCAUUAUGCAGAUAAGCAGGAGGACCCUGUGGUGGAAGAGGGUGAGUUCCAAGCCAACAAUAAAACAUUUAAGAUGGUUCUGAAGGACAGUGUGACCUGGAACGAAGCGCUGGAUUUAUGUAAGAAGAAUGGCAUGGACUUGGCUAGCGUGGCUGAUGCAUACCAACAAGCUGUGCUCUCUGUACGCGUCAGCAAAGCUCGUUCUCCACUCUGGAUCGGACUGUACAGUGAAAACGAUGAGCUGUACCAGUGGACAGAUCACAGUCACACGGUGUUUAGCCGCUGGGGCCCAGAGGAAGCUGUAGGGCGAUGUGUUUAUCUGGACAUUGAUGGUUACUGGAAGGCUACGGAAUGUGGGGAAAAGCUAAAGGGGGCUAUCUGUCACUUGCCACAAGAUAACAACAACAUACCUUCAGAAGACACUAAGUGUCCACACGAGAGCAACGGACCCAACUGGAUCCCAUUUAAAAACAACUGCUACACGUUUCUGCUGCAGGGAAAGAGAUGGCAAGACCAUGACGACCACAAUGAGCAGCAGACGUGCCAACAUCUUGUUGGAAAGGGUGACAUUCUGACCAUCCGGCAUGAGCAGGAGAAUGAAUUCAUUAAGACGCAGCUUCAGCCUUUUAAAGCCCUGGCAUCGUUUGUGUGGUUGGGGUUGUACAGAGACAAAAAAGAUGGGAAACUGAAAUGGUAUGAUAAUACCAACAUUCAGUAUUCCAACUGGAAAAAGGGAAGACCGACAGCCACAGAUCCCUUCAUGGCUGGUCUCAGUCUGUCUGGAGAAUGGUACCUGGUUGAGCAGGAAAUCCUUUUUAAACAUUUCAAGCAGAUGACCAUUGUGGUUUGCAAAAUUGAAAAUGAUCCCAAAGAAGAGUACCGCAAGGAGCCGACUGAUGUGACGACUCCAACCGGUUAUAGCUUCCGCUUGGUUACUAAGAAGUUGAACUGGUAUCAGGCCCUGCAGGAAUGCAGCAGUGAUGGUGGCCAUCUUGUUAGCAUUCACAAUGAAACGUCCAACAAAGAUAUGGCACUGAUUUCUAAACGUGAUGGAUUUCCUCUCUGGAUUGGUCUUUCCAGGUUGGAUUUCAGUUGGCCUUACGAGUGGUCAGAUGGGACGGCGUUGCACUUCCACCCUGAAGGGUUUCUGAGUACAGACUCUGUUUCAGAAGAAAAAUGUGUCUACGUGGACUCUGAAGGCAGCUGGACUGCAGUCAACUGCUUUGCUGUGAUGGAGGGUGCCAUUUGCUACAACAGCAAACAAAAGUCUCAGAUCGCUGCUCAGUCCAGUGUUAACUGCCCUGAGAGUAAUGGAGAGGUUUCAUGGAUCCAGUAUAAAGACAGUUGUUAUGCGAUUGUCAUGACCAUGUCCAACUACACGGUUUUCUCCAACGAACAUGCAAAAAAUAUUUGUAUGGAACUGGGACCCAACUCUCAGAUUUUGACCAUUAAGAGUAGGGACGAGAAUGAUUUUGUCACACGACACGUUGCUGAAAACCCUCUUGCCACCUCCCGUGUUUGGCUGGGGCUAGGAACGAUCUACAAAGAUAAACCUGCUGAAUGGAUGGAUGGUAGUGAGGUAGACUUCUCCAACUGGGACCACUUUCAGCCCCACCCUGGCUGUGCCGUCCUGGUGUCCAUGAACGGAACAUGGAGCACAGUGAGCUGCACCGGGAGCCACAGCCGCGUCGUCUGCAAGGCACCUGCCAAAUCACACAGUAGUCCUGUGGCUUUGGUUUUCUUCCUCAUCGUACUGCUUUGUAUCUUUGCACUCGUGAUCUUCGUUGUGUAUAAAAGGACACGACAUCGCUACUUCUCUACCGUACGCUAUCGCAGGAACUAUGAUGAAACAGACAGUGCUAGUAUGAUUGCAGAGACAGACUGAACACUGUACUGCAUGCAGUCAGUGAACAGCAAAGAAGCAAAAUCAGGUUCCUGUGCCUUUCAGUGUUAGGAGUUGAAAAGUGUAUUACACCAAUAUGGAUACUGAUCAGCUCGACAGCUGCAGGGUUUGUAAUUAAUAUUCUAAAGGAAUGACUAAUGAUUUUGUACAUAUGCGUAAACAUGGUGGUUUGUUUUUAUUUAAACUUCCUUAAUGACUUUUGUAUGUUUGUGUGUUUUAAUGAGAAGACUCCCCGACAUUCCACGUCGAUAUUCUUUUGUUUGUUUUUGUUUUCUGUGACAUCCUUGGAUCAAUGGAUUUUAAGCUUGACCUUUUUUUUUUGCGCAUUUCUUCUGACCAUUAAUUGCCCUUUGUGAAAAUGCCAAACUGGGAUCAUUUUAAAGGUUUAAUGGCUUUAUUAUUUCGUGUGUUUUUUUCUCUUCACUUAAAUAAGCAAGUUGAGUGUUCUUCCUACAAAUUCUUUAUACCUGUUCGGUAAAAAAUUACCAGUUUAAAAAAUUACUACUGUGCCACCAGUUCAGACGUGCUCUUACUGUUUUAGUGCUGGCUCUGCUUUAAUCACUGUUUACUUUAACUCAGUGACUCUGUAAAUUUGGCAAACUAUUCUAUGUAGUGACUAAAUGUAGGCCACAAGUGAUUAGGCCCAACUUCAGUUUGCGCAUCUAAAUACUUAUUACAAAAUUGUGUUACGUGUGUUUAUCAUGCACAUUGUAACUUUCCACUCACAACUCACAAUAGUUGCAUGUUACACAUAAUACAGCUAUUAUUUUAAAUGUCUAUUAGGAGUAUUUACAGCACCACAAGUCUAUAAAAAUGUCUCAUUACACUGUGGAAUAAGAUGAAUGUGUAGGAUGCCUUUAUAUGUGUGGCCUAACAGAGUUUACCUCUAUUAUUCUUUGCACUCAAACUACUGAUAUGUACUGCACUUUAAAUUUGUUUUCUUGUGGACUGCUUACGAAUUCAAGCACAACAUGAGGGUGUUUUUAUAAAGAUGUUCUAGAGAAAAUAUGCAGAAAUGGCACUCGGACAAGUACAGGGAUGGAUGUUGUAUAUGAUCUGUAAAUAUCUUUUAGGCUUUUUGUAUCCUUUAAUUUCCUUUUAGAUGUAAUAAACCAAAGAGGCUUCUGAAAUCACAAAUCUGAUUUAAUGUGAUGUGAUCCUGCUCAGGUGACUUCCAAGUCCAACUGACUUGAUUGAUAUAUUAACCAAAAUGAAUGGCAAAUUGUUCUACUUUGAAGUGCUCAUUUUGUUAAUCAAGCUCACUCAAUAAAAUGCUGUCUCCAUGG